AAUUCCAUUGGCGACACUGUAACCGUUAUCAAAAUAUGACAGGGUAAACCAGCUGUUAUCUCUCAUAUAAUCAUAAUUGUAAACAAGGGAAAACGUCACCAAAAUCGAAAAAGAAAAGUACAUUUCAUUACAAAAUGUAACCAGUAACGCUAAAGCUAAAAUCUAGUUUAGAGCCGGUUUGUGAAAGUGUAGGCCAGUCAAGGUUGUCAUUAAUCUUAUUUGUUUUAAACUUCAGCAAUUGUUCAGUUCCUGUAUUGCUGCACAAUGGUUGCAAAUGGAAAGGCAAAUGGGGAUUUCCACACAUCGUAUCUGUACAAUCCCGAUAUUCUCCAUGGACUUGAUUGGAAGUCGGUUCAAAGCAAAGUAACACCCUUUAUAACUAAUGAGAAUCCAGGAGAAGAUUACUUCUUGGUUAGACCAUUGCAAAUUGAAGAUUACGAUAAAGGAUAUUUGCAGCUACUUAGCCAGUUGACAACAGUUGGCGAUGUUUCGAAGACGGACUUUGAAGUUCAGUUUCGAAAAAUGCAAAAAGCAGGAUGCUACUUUGUUACUGUGAUUGAAGACAUUCGAGAUAGUCGGAUUAUUGGUUCUGCCACUUUAGUCACUGAAUUAAAGUUCAUCCAUAAGUGCGGCGAACGAGCUAGAUUAGAAGAUGUAGUAGUCAACAAUACUUACCGAGGAAAGCAGCUUGGAAAACUGAUCGUUUUAACUGUAACUCUCUUAGCUAAAAAGCUGGGCAGUUAUAAAAUGUCCCUUGACUGUAAGGACCAGCUAAUACAGUUUUACAAAUCGUUAGGGUAUUCUUUAGAACCUGGUAAUGCCAACACUAUGAUGUUGAGGUACGAAUCGAAAUUAUGAAAAUAGGCCAAUUCCAUUUUUGCUUGUAAAUAAUAACGUAUUGCUAUACACCAUCGCAAGUCCUGCAGGUUUUAUAUUUUAACGUCAUGUAGACUAUUAAUUCUUACAAUUAUGGUCUAAGCUGGCCAAUAAACGUCGAAAAGUGCAAUACAGCAGCUGGGCUCAUCGUCAAUGAUUGAGGUAACAUCCGUGUAAUAUUAAGUUUGUUGUAACAUAUUUUGCCAUGCCAUUUUUAAGUAAUAAAUUAUUUCAAAUAUA